AUGGAGGAAGGACAGUUUUUAAUUGCUAAAGUCGAUGAAAAGCCUGGGAGCUUAAUUAUCGAACCGUCCUUAGACGAAACCGAUAUCUACGUGGGCGAUUUAGCAUCUGACGCAAUUCGCAGUUUGGAGGAAUUACUUUCACGCGGAGAAAUAAGACCUAUCGAGGCUACUGAUCUGAAAUUUAAGUGCCAAAACCUCGUUGGUCUAAUUAAAAAAAUCCACCUUAAUACUCUGAGACUGGAAGACUAUUCAGCAGAACUCACAAAAGAAGGCAGCCGAAUUAACAGUGCGCUGCGACGACGCGAAGAGUUUCCCGAUGGUUUCGAUUCUGAAGCCGACAAUCUACAUAAGCAAAUUCUUCGAGCGGAAAACCAGGUGCGUGAGAUGGACCACACCAUGGACACCCUGAACUACAACGUUGCAGCGUUGGAGGAGGAGAAGAAGGAUCUGGCGAAGGAGGCUGCCAAAUUUCCUGACAAAGAGAGUCUGAAGAUGCAAAGGAAGGAUCUUGAACGCGAGAUCGACACCUUGGUAGUGGAGCGUCAAAAGCUAAGUCUAGAGUCGCGUCGCCUGCAGCGUCAGUUUCAUGAUGUUGUUGAAGGCAAAGAGAAUUUAACCAAUCAGCUGAGUGAGGCUAAUGAGUCGAUCUCAGAGCUAACCGUAAGCACUAAACAGCAACAAGCCCUCAGUCAGGCAGAAAAGGACAUUAAGCGACUCUCAGACACUCGCACCGAGCUAACGCAAACUCUUGCGGAAGUGGAUGAAGAGUGCAAAGUCUUGUUAAGCCAAAAAACGAGUUGUCAGGCCAACCUGACCGACGCCAAGGAGCGUCUGGCGUCGGUGAAGCAGACACUGCGUCGACUGCGGGCUGACGAGAUGCAGCUUCGUGAGUCAAGUGAAAAGAUGGAAGUGGACAUGGAACACCUGGAGUUGGAAAAACGUGCCACUCUCGAAUCGACCAAUCAGGUGCUGAGCAGUGGCAGCAAAAUGCGCAAGCUCAUUCGCCAGGCCACAAAGAAGAUUAAGAGCCUUGAGGAUUCGCUGAAGUACUUGCAGGAGGCGAAGAAGACUCGUGAUGAGGAGAUGGACUUGGCGAAGAAGAUGAAGGCUAAGAUGGACCCCAAGGAACGAGAGAAGCUCACUUCGCAGAUUGCGAAAUUGACCAAACGACUGCUGGCUCACGAAAAUCUCAAUGAACACGAGAGAGAAGCGAUUCGUGCGGCGAUGAAGGAGGAGGAGACGAUGCUGGCUGAGAUCGAUUCCCUGAAGGUAGAGUUGUCCAAGCUGCAAAGCACUGUGACCGCGAAGUCCUACGAAGUGGCUCAGAAGCGGCGCUAUCGGUGCAAGGCCGAACAGCAUCACAUUCAAGUUAACAGAGACCUCAAACUCCAGGAAUUCCAACUGAACGACAACCGUAAGACUCUCCGCUUGCACCAGGUUCAGUUGAACAACCUUGGGAAACUUUACAAAGCUGUCAACGUAGAGCGGAAUGAGUGCUUAAUGCUCAUCAAUUUGGCACAACAACGCAAACUCGAGGUGGAGGAGAAAUGUCGCCUUUUCACAAACGAAAUGAACAUCCUCAAAUCGGGGAUUCAGAACAAGCAGUACCAGCUAGACGAAUUGGAAAGCCGUUUGGCCAGUAUGCGAGAGGAAAGGAUCGUUCUGCAAACGGAAAUUUCCAAGGAGGUGUCUGCAAAUCGAGAGCUUGAGGCUCACAAAAGCUGGAUGAACACCAGCGUUGAACACUUGAAGAGAACGAUAAAGAGUGAUCAGACGCAGAUGGCGCGACUGCAAAAGGACUACAAGACAGCCGUUCACGAAAAGGACUCCUUCCAACGACGUCUAGACGACUGCCAUGGGGAAGUUCAAUGCGCCAAAGAAACCUUGUGUAAGCUUGAAAUCGAAGCCAACAAGAAGGCGGAUAAAUUGGCAUCGGAAACUCGAGAACUUUCCUUGGCCAUUAACACCAAGAGGGAUGAAAUUCGAUCGAUUGAGGUUCAAAGGAGAAGAAAUACCGAGAAGUUGGAGCUUGAGGAUGAAUUGUCGCUGCUUCACAAGGAGGUGCUCGAUGUAGGGGAUAAGUUGUCCCAGGAGGAACGCCUACUUGAUAACCCGGCUGCUCAAACCUGGGAUUUUGGCAGACUAAAGUGGUCUCGCCUCCGUUUACUGGAGGGUCCCGAGGUCAGCCAAGAGUUUCUGCUCUCGAAAGAGAAGGAAAUCACCUUGAAAAUCGAUAAGAAGGAGGCAGAGCUCCGUGAACUGGACAUGAUUUUGUCGGCAGUGGGGGCGCUUGUUGAUAAACUCAACGCUAAGACAAAGGCAGAAAGUGAACCAAGUCUUCAAUUGGCCAAGCUGAGCAACGCGAACCGUCGUGAAAUUUUGCUAAAGGAGCGUCAAAUGAAGGCUCUCUGCGCGGAAUUACGAAUGAAGGCGUUUCAGGAGGCAGAAAUGAAGAGAACCAUUGAGGAACUUGCAGCUGAGGUUCGUGGUUGGUCGAAUGUAGAGGAAGACGUCACAAAACCACGCCUGUUGAAACGUCGUGCACAAGCCAAGCCCAAUGAGAUUGCGAGAGCCAAUUCAAUCAGCUUUGAGCAAGGCGACAGGCAGAUGGAACGAACCAACACGGCUACAUGUCCACUCUCAGCACCUCUGAUCCCCGUUCGCAGCAAUCUUCGGAAGCUGCUGAACACCCUCUAA